CCUCACCUCCUUGAAGCAUUUUGUGAUACAAACAAACCCUCACACGCAGCUUAACUAUAUAUAUAUAAACCUACAACAAAGCUCGCUAUUUUUGAAUCACAAUAUUAAAAUGUCAGGAUUAACUUGUAAUGCUUGUGAUAAGGAAUUUGCUGAUGAUACUGAGCAAAAAUUCCAUUACAAAUCUGAAUGGCACCGUUACAAUCUUAAACGCAAGGUCGCGGGAGUUCCCGGAGUGAGAGAGACUAUUUUUCUAGCCAGACAGGCUGCACUUGCAGAAGAGAAGGAAAAGUUAAGUGAAACUCCAUUGCUGUAUGCCUGUGGUCUGUGUGGCAGAGAGUAUAGAAGCUCCAAGGCUCAUGCUCAGCAUCUGAAAUCUAAAAGUCACCUAACACGGGCUUCUCAACAACCAGGUCAUCAUGAUGAGAAUAGUGUUACAAUCAAGCCGCUUCUACGCCAUCCUCGAAAUGAAACUUCACGGAAGGCAAGAGAAGAUGUUGAGGAAAGUGAUGAAAGUGAGUGGGAGGAGAUUGAUCCAGAUGAAGAGAUGAUUGGUGAAGCCGCCGAUUCUUUAACAGACUUAAAGAUGAAUGAGCAUACAUCUAAUGACAAUAUGGAUGAAGAUAGUGAUGUUGAUGAAUACAUUGGAAACUUAGAUCCAUCAUGUUGCUUCAUGUGUGAUAAAGAACACAAGACCAUUGAGAGCUGCAUGGUUCACAUGCACAAGAAGCAUGGGUUCUUCAUACCUGAUGUUGAGUAUCUGAAGGAUCCCAAAGGUUUCCUGACUUACCUUAGUCUCAAGGUUAAAAGGGAUUUCAUGUGCUUGUAUUGCAACUACAGAUGUCAUCCUUUCAGCAGUUUAGAAGCAGUUCGGAAGCAUAUGGAAGCAAAGAGUCAUUGCAGAGUGCAUUAUGGUGAUGGCGAUGAUGAUGAAGAAGCUGAAUUAGAAGAGUUUUAUGACUAUAGCAGCAGCUUUGUGGAUGAAACUGGGAAACAGCUCAUUUUAUCGGAUGACACGGGCAAUAGUGUGGAACUUGGAAGUGGUGGAUCUGAGCUCAUAAUAACAACAAGAAAUGAUAAUGGAAGAUCUGUUAAGACUCUUGGAUCAAGAGAGUUUUUACGAUACUACCGACAGAAACUGAGGCCUACACGGACCAAUGAUGUGGCUAUAAGUGCUGCAGUUGCCGCAAGGUACCGAAGCAUGGGUCUCGCAACUGUGCAGUCCAAGGAGCAAAUGGUUAAGUUGAAGGUGUUGAAGGCCAUGAAUAAAUCUGGUGUGGAGAUUAUGCGCAGUAAGAUUGGCAUGAAAAGCAAUGUCAUCCGUAACCUCCCUAAGAAUAUACCAUAUUAGUCCUUUCCAAAGCUGAUAUUAGCCUUGUAAUAUUCUUGGAGAUCGUUUGGUACUUCUAUGGUUCCAACUUAUGUAAUUCCCCGUCAUAUUUAACUUUCUGGUUUGCGUUAUCAUAUAGAUUGUUUGGUAUUUCUAUAAAAGGGUGAAUUGAUUGAACCAAA